UUCCGCCAGCAGCUCCUCCAAUUCCUCAUUCCUCCAUUUUUUUUAUCACAUCCCAUCUCCCAAUGGCAAUCGAAACACCCCAAAGCGACAUCAUCUACCGCUCCAAGCUCCCGGACAUCCCCAUCCCAAACCACCUCCCUCUCCAUUCCUACAUCUUCCAAAACAAAUCCCACCUCAGCUCAAAGCCCUGCAUCAUCAAUGGCACCACCGGCGACAUCCACACCUACGCCGAAGUCGAGCUCACAGCCCGGAAAGUCGCCUCCGGCCUCAACAAGCUCGGCAUCAAGCAAGGCGAUGUCGUCAUGCUCCUCCUCCCCAACACUCCCGAAUUCGUCUUCACCUUCUUGGGAGCCUCCUUCCGCGGCGCCAUGACCACCGCAGCCAACCCUUUCUUCACUCCAGCGGAGAUCGCCAAACAAGCGAAAGCAUCGAAAGCCAAGCUGAUCAUCACUCUCGCUAGCUAUUACGACAAAGUUAAAGAGCUGUCAUGCGACGAAGUCAAGUUGAUGUGCAUUGACUCCCCGCCACCCGACUCGUCUUGUCUCCAUUUCUCCGAACUGACUCAGUCCAACGAGGACGACGUGCCAGACGUUGACAUCAGCCCGAACGACGUCGUGGUGUUACCCUACUCGUCCGGCACGACGGGGCUGCCGAAAGGGGUGAUGCUGACGCACAAGGGCUUGGUGACGAGCGUGUCUCAGCAGGUUGACGGAGAGAAUCCGAACUUGUACUACAGCAGCGACGACGUCGUUCUGUGCGUGAUGCCGCUGUUUCACAUUUACUCGCUGAACUCGGUCUUGCUAUGUGGGUUGAGAGCCGGAGCUGCCAUUCUGGUGAUGCAGAAGUUUGAAAUUGUUUCUCUUUUGGAGCUCAUGCAGAAGCAUAGAGUUAGUGUUGCGCCGAUCGCGCCUCCGAUUGUUCUGGCGAUCGCGAAGUUUCCCGAUCUCGACAAGUACGAUUUGGGGUCGAUAAGGGUGCUGAAGAGUGGAGGAGCACCGUUGGGGAAGGAGCUUGAAGACACAGUCAGAGCCAAAUUUCCCAAUGUAACGCUUGGUCAGGGCUAUGGGAUGACGGAGGCAGGACCGGUUUUGACAAUGUCAUUGGCAUUUGCAAAAGAACCCUUUGAGGUAAAACCAGGUGCGUGCGGAACUGUGGUCAGAAAUGCAGAAAUGAAGAUCGUAGACCCUGAAACAGGUGCCUCUUUGCCGCGCAACCAGCCUGGAGAGAUUUGCAUCAGAGGCCACCAGAUCAUGAAAGGUUACCUUAAUGAUCCGGAGGCCACAAGCACAACGAUAGACAAGGAAGGAUGGCUACACACAGGUGACAUAGGCUUCAUUGAUGAUGAUGAAGAGCUCUUCAUUGUUGAUCGACUGAAGGAGCUUAUCAAAUACAAAGGAUUUCAGGUGGCUCCUGCUGAGCUUGAAGCCUUGCUCGUCACCCAUCCUAACAUUUCUGAUGCCGCAGUUGUCCCAAUGAAGGAUGAUGCUGCUGGCGAGGUUCCGGUUGCCUUUGUGGUGAGGUCAAACGGAUCUCAGAUCACGGAGGAUGAAAUCAAGCAAUUUAUUUCAAAACAGGUUAUAUACUACAAAAGAAUAAAUCGAGUAUUCUUCAUCGAAGCCAUUCCCAAGUCACCAUCUGGCAAGAUCUUGCGGAAGGAGUUAAGAGCAAAGCUUGCUGCUGGCUCAGCAAAUUGAUAAAUCUUGCCCUCUAUAUCUCAGUAAAGGGCUAUGUAUACCUACUAAAGGGCUUGUUCUCUCUCUCUCUCUCUCUGUGUACUCUGGACUAAAAAGGUUGAUUGAAUUCAUAAUACUCUAAAGUCCUCAAAUAUUGAAAUGAGGUUCCUCCUAAAUUAAUGUGAAUUGGGAACUUUUUACAGACUUUAUGUAAAAAUCAAUUGAAACUUUGAAACUAUUGCCUUGAAAAA